UAACAAUCACAGCUCAAUCAAAUGGCCUAAUCUCUCUCUCUCUCUCUCUCUCUCUCUCUCUCUCUCUCUCGCUUUAUUUCUUCUCCCUUCAAAGAUUCGAUCUUCAUUUGCGCCAUCGCCCACAGCACAAUCCCCUCUUCCUUUUUCGACUGAUUUCCCGUUUGUUUUUAAUUUUCUCAUCGUAAUCUAUGGUAUACGUUGAGGGGAAAAGUUGAAAUUUUUUGAAUGGAUGGCGGAAAGUGUAUGAGAUUUUAUCUAAUUGGGCUGUGAAAUAUCUGUAGUUUUGUUAAUAAACAUCAUCAUUUCGUUUCCGGUGAAGGAAAAAUUGUAUUCUUAUACUCAGCGAGAGAGAGACAGAGAGAUUGUACAGUAGAGUUAUUUCUCCCUCCUUUUGGGCUUCCUGUGACACCCAGAAGAGCAAAGAGCCAAGAGAGAUAGAGAGAGAGAGGGCGAAAGAAGAAAACUCUCGUUGUCUGAAAUCUCUCUUUCGUACUAAAUUACGGAGAGAUUUCGAUCCGGGUCGGAUCAGGUCCAGCUGAUGGUUGCGACGGCGCUGGCGGCGGCGGCGACGGUGGUGGGUCGUGUUCAAUCGUCAGUCAGGUUCUGCAAGUGGGCGUGUUUGUGACGGGUUUAUAUCGCCUUCUCCCUGGAGAGUGUUCAGCUCCGUUUUGUACCGCAGUCUGAGCUGAAUCUUAGGGUUUUCGCCAUGUCUGGUUUUGAUGAUCAUGUCGCUGUAAUGGGCGAAUGGAUUCCUCGAAGUCCAAGCCCGAGAACCCUUUUCACGGCCAUGUUGGAAGAGGGGAAGAGUUCCAUUUCCAAGCCUGUUCUUGAGAGAGAGCUUUCACUGAAUCAUGGGCAGAUAACUUUCGAGGAAGAAGACGCGGCCGCCGAGAAGAAAGAUUCUUUGCAAACCGGUUGUUUUCAGUUGUCCGAAGAGGCAGCGAAUUCACGAGGAUGUCUCAGCGAAAGACUUGCUGCUAGAGCUGGUUUUAACGCUCCUAAGUUGAACACAGAGAAUAUUCCGUCUCCAUGCUUAACCAUCUCUUCCCCUGGACUUAGCCCUGCAACCCUUUUGGAGUCUCCGGUUUUCCUUUCGAACCCUUUGGCCCAGCCAUCUCCAACGACGGGCAAGCGUUCGUUCUUCCCCGGUGGUAACAGUAAAGACGAGUUCUUUGACGACAUUGGUGCAUCAUCGUUCACGUUUCAGCCCGUUUCGAGGUCUUCCUCCUCCUCUUUCGUCCCGGGCACUGUCAACAAAGUCUCUCCUAUUUCCGAUCACUCCUUUCCCGACAUAUCGACUGAUUACUGCAAUAGGCCUCAGACAAUGGAAGGUGUCAAGCCUGGAUCUCGGACCAUAGAAACCGUCGAUUUUCGUGGCAACUUUCCCGGGACAUCAGCCGAGAGACAUGAUACUGACCCGCGAGAAACAACCCGUGAAGCUACAGAUGCAGGCGAUGAUUCUGAAGACAAAGAGCCGAGAGGGAACGGAGGAGGAGGAGACAUGGUGGCUGGCGGCGGUGCACCUGCAGAUGAUGGAUUCAACUGGAGAAAGUACGGACAGAAGCUAGUUAAAGGGAGCGAGUAUCCACGCAGUUAUUACAAAUGUACUCACCCGAAUUGUCAGGUCAAGAAGAAGGUCGAACGGUCCCGUGAAGGUCACAUCACCGAGAUCAUAUACAAAGGAUCUCAUAAUCACCCGAAACCGCCUCCUAGCCGCCGCUCUGCCUUUGGAUCAUCUUGUCCGGUCCUCGACAUUCAGACUGAUGGAACUGGUCAAGAUUCUGUCUGGACGGGUGCCCAACCACAUGCCGUUGGAACAGACGAAAUUGCCGAGGAGGGAUCGCCUGAAGGUAACCAGUCCGGAUCAGGCGAUGCUGCCACCGCUACUGCCACCAUGGUUGACGCUUCCUCGACUUUCUCUAACGAUGAAGAUGAGGACGAUUGUGGUACACAUGGAAGCGUUUCUCUCGGGUACGAAGUUGGCGAAGGAGAUGAAACCGAGUCUAAGAGAAGGAAACUCGACGUUUAUGCAGCUGAGAUGAGUGGAGCAACACGAGCUAUCCGUGAGCCGAGAGUCGUGGUUCAGACAACGAGCGACGUGGACAUACUCGACGACGGGUAUCGCUGGCGGAAAUACGGUCAGAAGGUCGUCAAGGGAAACCCUAAUCCGAGGAGUUAUUACAAAUGCACAGCGCCUGGAUGUACAGUGAGGAAGCAUGUAGAAAGAGCUUCUCAUGACUUGAAGUCGGUCAUAACAACUUACGAAGGCAAACACAACCACGAGGUCCCCGCAGCUCGGAACAGCAGCCACGGUGGCUCAGGGACUGGGCCACCCGGCUCGACAGCGGCAGCUCAGACCCACAUGCGGCAGCCCGAGUCACGCAACAGGUUCGAGAGCCCUGUCACAGUCACGAGCAACGGUCCAUUUGGCCGUCCUUUCAGCUUCCAACCUCCUCCAGGAUUCUCGUUCGGUUUAGGCCAAACCGGCCUGCACAAUCUUGGGAUGCCCGGUUUAGCAUUUGGGCAAGGGAAGUUGCCCGGUUUUCCGGUUCACCCGUACUUGACACCGCAGCCGCAGGUGGUCGGCGAUCCGGGGAUGAUGUUGCCGAGAGGGACGGAGCCGAAAGUGGAACCACUGUCAGAACCAGGUGUUGCCUUGUCGGAAGGUUCAUCAAUUUACCGGCAGAUCAUGAGUAGGUUGCCUCACAUAUGAUGAGCCCUUUUUUUCUGUCUGUUUGUGUUUAUUUUCAAAUUUAGAUCUUCUGAAACUCUGAGAGAAAGGUAAAGAAAAAGCUGUUUAAUUUCUCAAAAUUCUUUCUAUAAACUUAUAUUUAAUCC